AUGGAAGCCCCGAAAAAGAAAGAUGAAAGAAAGGGCAGAUGGAAGCCGUUUUGGAGGAAAAAACUGUCACGAUCGGGAUCCCCUACCCCUCGACGUGAGACCUCGCAAUCAUCGGCAAAUGAGCGUGUGGGCAAUGAAGACUCGAACUUGCCAAGAUCCUCUUUGUCAAUCCAUGCACCUGCAACGGAUAAUGAACAAGCUACUGAGGCGCCUGCAUCGACUUCUCUCUGGGAUAAGGCCUACGACUCCUUGAAAGAAGACGAAGAGAAGAAAAAGCUCCUUGAAGCCUAUGAAGAACUUGCUAAAGGACAAAUCUCAGCCUUACCAACUUCGGACACUAAUGGUGACCCAUCUCCUGUCACAAACCAGAUUCCACAGCAUGAUGUGGCGACCCGCGAAGAAAGGCUCAACAAGAUCAGCACACUGGGACUGGAGCAUGUGGAGGACAAAAAGGUCACACUAACGCUGUUGGGUCACAAAGUUCCUCUACAGCAAGCCGUCUUCAAUAUAGGCACUGCUGUCCAGAGGACUCAGAAUCUUGUAAAAGAUGCGAUCAAGGACGUGCCAUACGCACCCAUCGUGAUAGCCUGUGUCUCACUCGUUCUUCCUCUAUUAACACAUCCCUCAGAGGUCGAGACAGAAAACAGCGAAGGUUUUGCCUACGUCACGUCCCAAAUGCGCUACUAUGCAGCCAUGGAGGAUCUUCGUUUGCCCGGGGAAGAGAAAUUGGAGGUCAAGAGUGACAUUGAACAGCGGGUCAUCGAUCUAUACAAGCUUAUCAUCGACUACCAAGUUCAAAGCAUACUCAGAUUUUACCGGCACCCGGUCAGGGAAUAUUUCAGAAGUGUCGUGAAAUGGGAUCCCUGGGAAGAUAUGCUGGAAAGCAUUAAGGAAGCAGAACAGUUGCUGGAUUCAAAAUUACAUGCGAUAAUGUCAAAGGCAUCUCUGAAAGUGCUGGAAAACAUGUCUCAAGAAGCGACAAAACUGCGCGAGCAGCUGAAAAGUGAUCUGCCAAAGCUCAUUUCUAUUAGCCAAGACAGCAACAUCAUCCUACGACGGAUUGUUGAAAGGCUCUCUAACGACACAAAUGGGCGCGUUCUUAAAGAUUUCACAAGAAGAACAAGUGACCCCAGGUUCGCUAAAAAAAGAAUUGAGAGUACCAAAGGCGGCCUUCUCAAACCAUGUUACGACUGGAUCCUGAGGCAUGAAGACUUUCUGCACUGGCGACAUAUCCCAGAAAAUCGGCUGUUGUGGCUCCGGGGAGAUCCAGGCAAGGGCAAGACGAUGUUGAUUUGUGGCAUCCUGAAUGAGUUGAUUCAAUCAAGCGUUCCCACUGCGACAGUUUCAUUCUUUUUCUGUGAAGAGGCUGAAAGUGUAGCAAACAAUGCCUCGGCCGUUCUACGUGGCCUGAUAUACCUGCUUGUCAAGCAGAACCCAAAGCUCAUCUCCCACGUCGAAGGAUACAAUCUAUCAGAUGACCGCAAUUCAUGGUUCAUACUUGUUGACAUCCUGGAAAAGAUCCUUCAAGACCUCUCCCAGAGAACCACCUAUUUGAUUGUGGAUGCGCUUGACGAAUGCAAAUACGAUCGCAAAAAUUUGGUCGAGCUAAUCACAAAUUCGGCAUUUCCCAACGUCAAGUGGGUUGUUUCCAGCAGAAACUGGGGGGAAUUCAAAGAUAACUUGGGUGCCUCAGCCAAGGUGGAACUCCAUUUGGAGGAAAAUCAAGAGGCGGUCUCCCAGGCUGUUCGUGACUUCAUUGGCAUAAAAAUGGAAGAACUGGCUAGUAAAAAAGGUUACAGCCCUGAAGUACAGCGCUAUUUAUCAGAAAAUUCACAGGACACGUUUCUUUGGGUAGCUUUGGUUUGCAAACGUCUGGCCAAACCCAAGUACCAAUCAUGGAACGCUGAAGAGCUGUUGAGGCAAUUCCCCCCUGGGCUAGAGCCACUCUACGAGAGAAUGAUCGAUAGAGUUCGCAAUUCUCCAAACUUCCGCAGUUGCAGCGGGAUAUUGGCCGUUGUUUCCAUCGUCCACCGGCCGAUUACACUGAAAGAGCUAGGAGUUCUCGCAGUCUUACCUUCAGGCCUCCCUCGAGAUUGUAUCUCAGCCCUGGAGUUUCUUGUCAACCAAUGUGGCUCCUUCCUCGGAAUCCAAAAAGGAAUAGUUUCUUUUGUUCAUAAAUCGGCAAAAGACUACCUUGUCGAACAUGCUGCGGAAGAUAUCUAUCCCUCGCAGGUGGGAGAAGCACACCGUAGUAUCCUUCUUGGAUCACUGAAAGCUAUGGAGACCUUGCAUCAGGAUAUCUGGGGACUCCAGAGCCCAGGUGUUUCGAUUGAAGAUUCAAAACCACCUAAUCCAAAUCCUUUGGCCCCGUUGGAAUACUCUUCCUUCCAUUGGAUCGAUCAUCUUCACGACUGCGAAGAAAAUGCGAUGAUCGAAGCUCUUCAGGCUGAGGGUCCUGUGGAUAGGUUUUUCCGACAGAAACUUCUCCAUUGGAUAGAGGCUUUGACUCUGCUCCGAGAGGUAUCGACUGGAGUAAGCUCGCUUCUCAAAUUGGAGGCUAGCAUGAAGGUAGCUAUCAAAGACCUCUCUGGCGUACCAGCGAAUCUUGCCGACCGUGUGCGCGAUGCCUGUCAAUUCCUCAGAGCUCACAAGCCGACGAUCGAGGAGCAUCCACUGCAGCUUUACGUUUCGGCCUUGAUCUUUAGUCCGAUCAAGAGUAUUACAAGAGAAACUUUUGAUACGGGGAAAGAGAGACCAAAGUGGAUUUCUAAGACGCCGGCGAUGAGAGAUUAUUGGAAUGAGUGUUUGUUAACCUUGGAGGUUUCUCGUCACCUUGUGGCCAAGACAAUAGCGUGGUCUUCAGAUGGUUCAAUCUUAGCAGCUGCUAUGUCGAAGGAGAUCAAAAUCUGGGAUGCAACAACCGGCCACUGUCUCGAGGUGUAUCCCUCCGAUUAUAUUGUGAAACCUACUGCAAUGGCAUUUCAUAUACUCAAUGAGCGACUGGUUGUGGCUGUCGGCAGUAUGAAAAAUGCGGUUCGUGCGGUCGUUUUAGAUCUAAGUCGCGGCCAGUAUGGGCCAUUGCUUGAGAGCGACAGCAGGUUGACAAUAAAGUCACUAGUUUGGUCUCUGGAUGGUACAAGGGUUGCUGGGGCAGCUCAAGAUCAGACCGUCAAGAUAUGGGAUGCGAGCACUGGGCGACUCUUAUCAAGUCACGAUCUGCUCUACCCGACUCCACUUCCGGGUAUUGAGGAUAUCGCUGAGUUGGAAUCUGAGAUCAAAAAGUGGGACCCGGCAAUAGAUCAGUGUAUCGCUCUGCUUGAAGGUGGAAGCAGAGAUGUCUCUCAAGUCCGGCCUCAAGAUCAAAUUGCUAUUCCAGGUCCAGGUUCUGUGGGAUUCAGGCUUUGGGAUUUGAGGAAAGCUGAGCUUCAACGGGUGGAGAAUAAACACCAAGGGUACAUUACACUAGUGUCUUUCUCGCCUAGCCGAUCCCAGCUUGCAACAGGCUCUCAUUCUGGUCUGAUCGAGUUGUGGGACCCAUUGACAGGUCAAUGCUCGCACACUUUUUCAGGUCACGGUGGACCAGUUGCUGGGCUAAGUUGGGCCCCUGAUGGCACCCGCCUUGCCUCCACAUACAGUGAUCACACCCUAAAGAUCUGGAAUGUGGGAAUGCAAUCCUCUGACUUGAUGGCGGAUGGCUAUUCGGGGCCAGUUUGGCAAUUAGCGCUCUCGCCAGACAAAGCUAAGCUUGCAUCUCGAUCCGAACAUAGUAUCAUGGUUUGGAACACGACAACCGGCGAGUUGAUAAUUACACAUGCCCGUCGCAGGGAGGAUGGGAGACAAGGCAGACUUCGCGAGGUCUACUGGUCACCAGAUAGCGAGCUAGUUGUGACUGGUGUGUCUAGGAAACAUGUCAUUAUCUGGAAUGCGAAGACGGGCGAAGAGUUCCGUUUGAAUGACAGUGGCUCACUUCGAGUCGAUGAAAUCUCGUGGUCACCCGACAGCACGAAACUCGUGAUGAAUGACUACUUGCUCCUUCACAAAGUUUGGAUCUGGAACAGGGCAAGCAACCAAAUUACUAGUUUCGAUAUCCCUCCGGAGGCCAAGUUCGUUGGUUGGUUCCCAGAUAGCACACGACUCAUGUUCAGAUCACCGGGCGACCAAGGUUGCAAGUUCACUAUCGGAGCUUGGGGGUCGAAUGCGAACGAGUCAGUUUUCGAAAACGGAAGCUCAUGGAAGCCUGUGUUUGCUGGACUUCUCACCCUGGGAAGAAUCCGUACGACGGCUUGGUCGCAUGAUGGAACCCGUCUUGCUGUUGUUGAAGUCCGGGGAAAGGCCAGCAAUGAACUCAAGAUUUGGAAUUUCUCAACGGGAAAAUGGGACGUCACAGUACCUGACCUUGAAACGACUUCAUCAAUAGCAUGGUCCCAGGAUGACACUCGGCUUGCCCUGGCAAUGGCGGAUUCUAGGCCGAUCGAAAUUUAUAACACCACCACGGGCCGGUGUGUCAGGAUUGUUGGAUCCAGAGAUAUCAAAUUCACGCAAAUCGAGUUUGAUAAGCAACACCCUUACUAUUUGCACACCAGGUUUGGAACAUUCGACACCGAGCCUAUGAGAACAGAAGGCUCCUACAACGAACUGGAAGUUUCUCAAAUGGUUGGUUAUGGAAUAAACAUUGAGGAAACCUGGAUCAUGUACCAGGGAGAACGAGUUGUCAAGAUACCGCUUGACCAUCGUGGACUUCGAAGUCACAGGAAGCAAAUUUUCGCUACGGUUCCUGGCAUGUGUUUCUUUGGCUGCAAUUCAGGCCAUGUUCUUAGUUUCGGGGAUUCAAGGAACUAG